AUGAAGGUGCGAUUAAUUCCGUUAGCAGCCGUAUUGCUCGUUCUGGCCUCGAUUGCCAACGCCAGAAUACUGCCAAACCGAAGCAAACAAGUGAAAGUGUACAGCUACGUGUUGCCUGCCGGAGCCGAAGAGAUACGUGACGAUAUUAACCACUCGUUUGCGUGCGGCAACCGUACCGAUGGGUUCUACGUCGAUAUCGACAACGAUUGUCAGAUUUUCCACCGCUGCCAAGACCAUGCCCGGUUUAGCUUCAUCUGUGCCGAACGUACCGUUUUCAGCCAGAUGUAUCAAACGUGCGUCCACGAUGGACAGCUCGGCUAUCCCUGCGAAGAGUCCGUGCAGUAUUACCCCGAUGGGGAGGGAUACGAACCAUCCGCGUCUGGUUCUGAGGCCGCCGAGGAAGCACCCCAAGUUGAAGAAAUGCAACCGGAGCAACAGGCUGAACCAGCACAAAAACUGGAGCCUCCACAAGCUCCAUCCAAAACGGUCGAAGCUGUUGCGCCCAGUGAAGAAAUGUCUCAAGACAAUGUUCAACAGCCAUCCGAGCAAGUCGAAACGGCUCAAGAAGUUAACGAUGACCCGGAACAAGAACAAGAGGAUCAGCAUCAGCUAAAUGCCGAUCUGUUUGAUCCGAUUGAGGAGGAAGGCGAUGUGCCAUCGGAAAACUCUGCACAGGAAGUGAUGGAUGAAAGUGAAACUAGUGUACCUAGUGCUGAUCCUAUGCCGGUGGAAGAAGAAUCGAACGAGGUUGAGGUUCUGGAUGAAGUAGCAACGCAGCCAGAUCAACAGCCGCAACAGCAGGAACAACUCGUAUCCUCACAACCUUCGCCAGCAGUUGAAACACAGACUUCUCAGGAUGAAGCUACAGUAGAGGAUGAGCCUGAGAAGGAAAUGGAGAUAUACACUUUGGGAACACCAAGUGCAGCCGAACCAUCGGCAACGCCAGAAAUGGAUAACGAAACUCAGCCCGAAGCUGCCUCACUGCUAAAUGCUGUACAGAUGGUCGAAGAGCUGGAACCUAUCGUACACGAUCUCGCUGUCGAAACGGACGAGCUUAAACCUAUCGUUGCUGAAACGGUACAAGACACUGCACAAGCUCCAGCUCAAGCAGAAGACAACGAGAUCCUACCCGAAGCUCACUCCAACACAGCUACUGAUAUGGAAGCGCCACAAACGACAUCCGAUGAGUCACCGUCAGUCAACGAUAGUGAGCAAAGCUCAAUCGCACUGGAAAGUGAACAGCAGUUGAACGAACUGUUGCCCGAGAUGGAGUUAAGUUCCGCUGCCAUUGCCACUGCCGAUGAUUCAUCGGAAAUGCACGACACUGUCAGCGUGGAAGCCGACCAAACGGUUCCAUCUGCCAACCCGGAAACAGUUGACGUCAAACAGGCGGACAGUGAAGAAAACACACCCACCGAAGAACAGCAACGCCCACUGGCAAGCCCUGCGAUCGUAGAAGAGAUGGCACCACUUCUACCGAGCGAUAGUGCCGAACUGCCGGAAUUGAUCGUAUCGACCGAGUUCCAUCUGGACACCAUUACCCAGGGUCCACCGAUACGGCGAAGAAAAACGUUCCUUUUCCGAGCCGAUGCGAUUCGAGCACGACAGUGA